GGCGGCCAAUCACGUGGGCCGUGCGGCUACCAACUCUGAAGCAAGCCCUCAGGACCAGCUUUGAGGGCGCGUGUGGAGUCACGUGGAUGUAGGUACUGCCAAUAGGAAAGCGGUUGGGCUGGCGCUUCCGCGUUGUGCUGUGAGAGGAGUGGACAAAUAGGGAUUCUAAAAGACGAGAUGUCACGUGUAACCAGUGACUCGGCCAAUGGAAAUGCUCGAGGACCCGGAAACAGGGGCGAGACAGGGGAGGGCGGAGCUGCCUGUCACUUGCGGCCAAUGUAGGAAAAGCAGCUCUUCCCCCUAGUCUCCCAGGUUCACGCGUGCACCACGAGAGUCCAGAAAAGUAAGGCGGGGCUAGCCUGAAACACCAAUGGAAUCGAGAGUAGGCAGGCUCGAACUUAGAUGGAAGAGGCGGGGCUUGUCCAGCCGGGCCAAUGACAGCACGAAGCGCUGGGCUGUCUGUGGGCGUGUGAGGCUGGCGCAUGGCGGACGCGGCACUGUUCGAGUUUCUGCACACAGAGAUGGUGGCGGAGCUGUGGGCGCACGACCCCGACCCCAGCCCCGGGGGACAGAAGAUGAGCCUGUCGGUCUUGGAGGGCAUGGGCUUCCGCGUGGGCCAGGCCCUGGGUGAGAGGCUGCCACGGGAGACGCUGGCCUUCAGGGAGGAGCUGGAUGUCCUCAAGUUCCUGUGCAAAGACCUGUGGGUGGCUGUGUUCCAAAAGCAGAUGGACAGCCUCCGCACCAAUCACCAGGGGACCUACGUCCUGCAGGACAACAGCUUCCCUCUCCUCGUCCGGAUGGCCUCAGGCCAGCAGUACCUGGAGGAAGCGCCAAAGUUCCUGGCCUUCACCUGCGGCCUGCUGCGCGGCGCCCUCAGCACCCUGGGCAUCAAGAGCCUGGUCACCGCCUCCGUGGCAGCCCUGCCCGCCUCAUCUGGGGGCAUCACACAUCUGGACUCUGCCAGGCUCUGCCACCUGCUGCUUGAGCUGGACCCCCUGGCCACCAUGCACAAGCACUACGCCGUCCACUUCGCCAAGGGCUCCCGGCCCCCCACCGACUGCUAUUUCUUGGACCCGGAAAUGGGGCACCAAAAAGGAUGCUGUCAUCAGUGGUGCCAUGACCUAGCAGCACCUGGAGCCCACGGGCCCUGUUGGCCGCUCCCCCAGGCAUGCUGGCAGUUGGCCUACCACAGCCACAGGGGGUGUGUCGGCGGCUGUCGCUGGGGCCCCCAGCCCCCGCUCCUGCAGCAGCAGCAGCAGCAGCGGUGGCAGCCCCAGGCCCCAGCUCCCAGCCCCCUGCGGCAGCGGCUCUCCCCUGCCCAAAGGGCCCAGAAGGGGAUGCCUGCCACCUCGACUGCCCCCGUACAACCAGCCAGCGCCCCCCAGCCGCCCCCCGCACCCACCACGGCACACACCACGGCCAGCAGCAGCCCGGCCCUGCCCUCCGCCACCAGCACCCUCCUGGAGCCCAGCAGGCCCACUGCGGCUCGGCCCCUGCCCGCCCCUGCUGCCUAUGGCUCCUUCACCUCCUACAGCUCCGAGAUCCUGACAGAGGAUGAUGUCUACUGCAGCUGCCUGGCCAAGACCCUUUGCCACGUGCCCGUCCCUGUGACUGUGGGUUUCUAUGCCCCCUUUGGCUGCCGCCUGCACCUGAUGCUGGACAAGAUCACGGCGCUGAUGCAGCAGGAGGCGACCCAGCGCGAGGGCGAGGAGCUCCAGCGCGUGCAAUGCCGGCCGCGGUCAGUGCGCGGCUGGGGCUUCCCGCAGCUUCUGUGGUACCUGGUGUUCCUGCAGCCAGUCAUCACAGAAGUGCACCUGCGGCGCAAGAACGUGAAGUUCCUCUUCAUCCGCUUCAGCGCCUGGCAGUACGCGGGCACGGACAAGCUGUGGGCCGGCCUGGUCACCACGCUGUGCGAGGGCAUCCGCCAUCACUACGGCGCGCUGCCCUUCAGCGUGUACUCGGUGAUGGGCAACAAGCCGGGCGCGACGCCGGGCUUCUGCCAACGCGAGUGGCACUGCCGGCUGCGCGUGUGCCUGGCGCUGCUGGCGCUGCUGGCGGCGCUCAGCCUGGGCGUGGGCCUGCUCUACCUGUCGGUGGGCAGCCGCUCACUGGGCCACGGCGUCGCCAAUGGCAGCCUGCUCCAGGUGGUCGGGGGCGCGGCCACCACACUGUCGGGCUCCGGGCUGCUCAUGGCCGUAUACUCAGUGGGCAAGCACCUGUUCGUGAGCCAGCGCAAGAAGAUUGAGCGGCUGGUGUCGCGCGAGAAGUUCGGCAGCCAGCUGGGCUUCAUGUGCGAGGUGAAGAAGGAGGUGGAGCUGCUUACUGACUUCCUGUGCUUCCUGGAGAUCUACCAGCGGUGCCGGCUGCGCGUUGUGCUCGAGGUCACGGGGCUGGACACUUGCUAUCCGGAGCGCGUGGUGGGCGUGCUCAACGCCAUGAAUACACUGCUGUCCGACAGCCACGCGCCCUUCAUCUUCAUCCUGGUGGUGGACCCCAGCAUCCUGGCCGCGUGCCUCGAGAGCGCCGGCUCCAUGAAGGGCACGGCCGACAACGGCUACCUCUUCCUCAACCGCACCGUCACGCUGCCCUUCUCCGUGCCCAUCAUGGGCCGCCGCACCAAGCUGCAGUUUCUGCACGACGCGGUGCAGAGCCGCGACGACCUGCUCUAUCGCGAGAUGACGCGCAAGCUGCGGCCGCCGGGCGGGGCGGGGGACGGCGAGAGCACGCGGCUCCUAGGGGUGGAGACGCGGGCGGGGGCCCAGCGCGCGCAGAGCCGCGUCGACGCCGAGGCGGCGCGCCGCAUCCGGGAGGCGCUCUUCUGCCUGCACGACGAGCGCGACUGCCUCUACGAGUACGUGCCCGACAACGUGGUGUCCAUGCGGCGCAUCGUCAACACGGUGCCCAUCACCGUGCGCCUGCUGCAGCAGCAGCAGCAGGGGGACUUCGUGGGCCCCUCGCCGCGCCAGGCCGUGGCUUGGGUCGUACUCGCCAACCAGUGGCCAUGCCGCCUCAGCUGGGUGCUGCAGUGCCUGGAGGACCGGCAGCAGGCUGGGGGCGCGCCAGACGCCCGCGCGCGCCUCUGGGACGUCUUCUGCGACAACAGCCGCGAGCUGCACACCAUGACCAAGGCGCUGCAGAACGUGCUCGACCUAGACGGCGACCCCGAGCUUUUCGAGCGCUUCCUGGACUCCGACUUCCCCUUCACCGUGGCCGAGGCGCAGAGCCUGCUGCGCUGCACGGUCAACCUGGAUCAUUCCAUCCGCCGCCGCAUGGGCCUCAUCCGGGCGGUCAGUGCGCUCAAGCCGCCUAGCCCACCCAAGUCCCCCGCCCACGACGCCCCCCACACCGCCAACGGAGCCAACCACGCCCCAGGGGAAGCCAUGUCAGGUCGCUCUGCAGGGCACACCCCUGCGCAUGCCAGCGAAGCCCACCACCCCCAGGACUGGGCUCAACGGGGCAAGCCCAGACCUGUGGCUUAAGCGCCCAUCUCUCCAGGGGAAUCCAGCCCAGGCGGGCCUUGAAUGGAAGACUCUGGGGUGGCAGGAGGCAAUAAUUCCAUCUGCCCAGAUAAGGGUGUAAGGGGCAUGACUGGGCCAAGACCCAGGGUCCAGUUUCCAGAAUGAAGCCUGUGGUAGCCACAAUCCCCAGGGGAAUCUGUGAGCCAGAGAGAGCUGUUGGCAGUAGCCACCAGGAGUGGGCAGUGUAUCAGUGCCAGUGUCUGAGAGCUAGGGCAGAAGGACCAGUGGAGGAACUCAGGUUCAUGUGCAAUAAAUGAAGAUGUGAAAGCC